AGCUCUCAACAGGAAUGUAGUGACAGGUCUAGACCUGAACUUCCGCAUUAAGCAGGAAGAAGUCAACAGUCAGAGAGCCAGAUGCAAUCCACAUCAACACACCCAAAUCUGCCUGCCUAUGACUGCUUUUGUUGUUUUUUUGUUUCUGUGGUGUUGAACUUCGUUAGAGAAUAAUACUCCGAGGUGGAACUGAUGUCCAUGAAGCUGUUAUCUUGAAAUUUUGAAAAGAAAAGGAUUAAUACAUUUGAAAAGAUGGAUGACAUUGACGCCAUGUUCAGUGACCUGCUGGGGGAGAUGGACCUCCUCACUCAGAGUCUCGGUCAGGAAACUGUGCCUCCUGCGCCUCUCCCCAGCACCGAGAACGAAGCCAACUUCUCCAUCGGCUUCACUGACCUCAAUGAGUCCCUACAUGAACUUGAGGACAAUGAUUUGGACGCGCUCAUGGCCGAUCUGGUGGCCGACCUCAACGCAACGGAAGAGAAACUCGCGGCUGAGAUCGAAGGCCUGAAGGUGCCCCCAUCGGACCAGACGCUGCCGCCGCCGCCCACAGACCUGAGCUCGCGACCUGCCUCCUCGCUUAUCUCACCAACAUCACCCGCAAGCAGCGGCAGCAACGUCAGCACCCCUUCCUCCUCCGCCACCUCCCCUUUACCGCCGCCUCAGUCUAAGAAGCCUACAAAGGAGGAAAUCGAGGCGCAGAUGAAGGCAGACAAAAUCAAACUUGCUCUUGAGAAGCUGAAGGAAGCCAAAGUGAAAAAGUUGGUGGUGAAAGUUCUGAUGAACGAUGGCUGCUCCAAAACCCUGAUGGUGGACGAAAGACAAAACGUCCGGGAAGUUCUGGACAACAUGUUUGAGAAAACUCACUGUGACUGUAACGUGGACUGGAGUCUGUGCGAGACCAACCCUGAACUGCAACUUGAACGGACGUUUGAAGACCACGAGAACCUUGUGGAGCCGCUCUUAGCGUGGACGCGGGACAGCGAGAACAAAAUCCUCUUUCAAGAAAGGGGGGAAAAAUAUGAGGUUUUCAAAAACCCACAGAACUUUUAUCUAUGGAAGAAGGAUAAGAAAGCUCUCAAAGACAUUAAAGACAAAGACAAGGAAAUAUUGAUACAGGAGAACUUCUGCGGGACUUCCAUCAUCGUGCCUGAUCUCGAGGGGGUGCUGUACCUCAAAGAAGACGGCAAGAAGUCCUGGAAGCAGCGGCUCUUCCAGCUGAGGGCCUCAGGAAUUUAUUACGUGCCCAAAGGGAAGACCAAGUCAUCCCGAGACCUCGUCUGCUUUGUCCAGUUCGACAACGUAAAUGUCUACUAUGGCAAAGACUUUAAGGGCAAAUACAAGGCCCCGACUGACUUCUGCUUUGUUCUCAAGCAUCCUCAGAUCCAGAAAGAGUCUCAGUACAUCAAGUACCUGUGCAGUGAUGACGCUUGGAGCAUGAACCUUUGGGUGACCGGAAUACGCAUCGCAAAGUACGGCGCUUCGCUGUAUGAAAACUUUAAAACAGCAGAGAAGAAGGCGGCUGUGAGCGCGGUGUGGACGAACCGCAGCACUCCAUCGAGCUCCAAUCCAUCAACGCCCUCACCCACCAUCAAAGCUAAAUCACCGAGCCAGGCCAACGGUCAUGCUCCAAAGCCCCAACCGGGACCCGUUUCUCAGGACUUUGGAAACGUCCCACCUCCACCUCCUCCUCCACUGGGUGACAUCCUUCCUCCACCUCCUCCAGACCCCACCCUCCCUCCUCCACCGCCUCCUUUGGCUGCCAAGAGCUCCUUCAAGCGACAACUGCCGAGCAACUUCCCUCCACCUCCAUCUGCAAUGGACAACCUCCCCCCUCCACCACCGCCCCCGCCCAUGGACGACUCCCUUGAGGCCCCGCCAGACUUCCUCCCACCUCCUCCUCCAGCCGCCGGCUUCGGUUCACUGCCUCCUCCACCACCAUCGAUGGUGAACUCUCUACCACCGCCGCCUCCAGCGGCUAGUUUCGGGGGCAUGGACCUUCCUCCUCCGCCACCAGAUCCAGGGUUUUUACCACCACCACCACCUCCGUCUCAGCCAGCGUUCACAGGAGCUGGGGCACCCCCGCCUCCACCUCCACCACCACCUCCACCCCCUGGACCCGCAGCCACCCCACGAAUAGCCGUGCGGCCCGCGGGGUCCCUGAAGAAGGUUCCUCCUGCUCCACCAAAGAGGACUACACCAGCGCUGCACGGAGGAGGUGGAGGUGGUGGAGGUGGAGGAGGAGGAGGUGGAGACUUCAUGUCAGAACUGAUGCGCGCCAUGCAGAAAAAGCGUCCGGAUCAAUAGUCAAUCAUCAAUAUGUGGAUUAUAAAUAUAAUGAGAACUUAAUCAGCCUUUUCUGUAAGAAAAAGCAAGUGGAGAUUUUAUCUUUAAAGACAUUCAUCAGUGUAUCCAUAUUUUACAAACCAGAAGACAGAA